UGCGCUAGCUCCGCCGCUAGUCACCUUUUACCAGCAGAGAGGGAAGCAACCAUACUAUGAAAGCAACGCUGAGAGGGUUUUAAAGAAAAAAAUGCUGGAUACAGCGUCAAAGAAUAUAAGUGGUACACUGCAUUUGGAAUAAACGAAACGUCUAAGGACGUGGUCAGGAGUGCGCGGAAGUUUGUGUUGAUGUUUUAGGAGCUAACUUAGCUGGUUGGCCCUGUUAGCUUGUUAGCGAGGAAGGCGCGCGCUGUUUGGACUGCUGGACUUCACCAUUUACAACUAGCCCAACUUAAAAGGGCAAUGCUGGCUAUAUCCUAACAUUUAAAAAAGCGAUUUGGAAGAUCUUGCGGCGUCUCACUGAUUUGGCAAACUCAGGUGCGGGCCAAAAGCUUUGAACGUUGUGGGUUCGUGUCACACACAAACAGCGCUGAUACAUGAAGAGAAAGUGCAUUUUACGCCACGAUCUUGCAGGCAACCAUCCUCAAGUUCCCAUGUAAGCUGCUACGGAUGACCCGUAGGAUUGCAACCCGUCUUUCUCAUACCUAGUUAAUCGUCUUCGUACGUGAUGGGCCCCCUUUUCAGCUAGUACGACGCGUGGAAACAAUCUGCAGCCCAUUAACCAUGGGAGGAUGUGUGGGGAGAUACUGGGAAGGCUGGGAGGACACACAGAGCCGAGGCUCGUCCAGGAACGGUGGACGAGGAGGACGUAACGAGCCUCUAAAGAAAGAUCGUCCCAAGUGGAAGAGCGACUAUCCAAUGACCGAGGGCCAGCUACGGAGCAAGCGGGACGAGUUCUGGGACACGGCGCCAGCCUUCGAGGGCCGGAAGGAGAUCUGGGACGCCCUGAAAGCUGCGGCUGUGGCCUUGGAGUUUAACGACCACGAGCUGGCCCAGGCUAUAGUGGACGGAGCCAGUAUCACACUGCCACAUGGUUCUCUCGCCGAGUGUUACGACGAACUGGGGAACCGCUACCAGCUACCUGUCUACUGCCUGGCUCCACCCGUCAACCUCAUCUCAGAGCGCAGCGACGACGACCCCAGCGAUAGCCCCGACACCCCAGUAGCACCCAAGAAGGAGUUCCAGCUCAAGGUACGAUUGUCUACGGGCACGGACCUGCGCCUCAGCGCCAGCAUGGGGGACACCAUAGGGCUACUGAAGAAGCAGCUGCAGGCCCAGGAGGACAUCGACAGCGCCCACCAGCGCUGGUUCUUCUCCGGGAAGCUGCUCACGGACAAGACGCGGCUGCAGGACACUAAGAUCCAGAAGGACUUUGUCAUCCAGGUCAUCGUCAAGCCGCAGGCCCUCCGAGCCCCGAAGCUGCCAGCCACCACCUCCUCGCCUGUGUCUGAAUUACCCGGGGACCCAGAGGAUAGAUAGAUGGAGGGAGAGAGGGUGCAGCGGGUAGUGAGGUGGGUGGAAGACCCUUAAAGGACCAGAGGUGCCUCCUUUUUUAGAUAACUUAUGCUUUCUGAGAACCGUUUCUGUUAUUGAAAUUAAAUUGUACUGUGGAGGUACAACACUACUUUUGUAGUAAAAACAUGAGGGAGAAACUCAAAAGUGCUGCUUUAUUUCACCUACUAUGUGUCAUUGUAUCAUUCUUGGGGUCUGCUGGCUUGUUCUUUAAGUAAAUCCAGUCACCACACCAACUCUGAAGAUCCUCGUCCCCUUAUCUCCAAGUAAAAGCAGGACUUGUCAACCACAGAUAAAAUGUGCACAUUGUUCGGCACAUGCGGACUUGCCUCUGCCUCUUUUUUAAUCUGCACUAACACUAAGUGCCAAUGGAAGAAAUGCAGAGGUGUUUGGGUUGGUUCUAAAGCACAUUUCUACUAUGACGCACAUGGACUCUGCACCCCAAUCCCUAUUCUCCUCCACAGAAAGAGGAGGGGGAGGCAGAGAGUGACAUACAGAACCCCCUCCCCCUUUCUUUCUCUUUUAUUGAGGAAAUAAUGUAAACUGAGCUUUUUUUGCACAUUUGAAGAUUAUUACUAUACUUUUGUGGUAGUUUGUGUGCCUUCUACAAGAUGAAACAAAAAAGGGUUAAAUGUCCGCAGACGCUAGUUGUACCGCUAGGCUAAGCCUUCUGUAUUUUUUUAAAUUCAGGAACUCUUACAUCGAUCCCAGCUAUAACUGCUGCCUUUUGUUUUAAUGAUUUCACGAAUCUUGCAGACAAAAGUGUGUGUCCGUGUGUGUGUCCGUGUGUGUGUCCGUGUGUGUGUGUGUCCGUGUCCCAUAUAACUUUCCUUUGACAUAGGUCACAGAGACGAGACUGUUUUCCCGGUCAUAGCUUUGCAGUCAAUCCUGUCCUAUCGUUUUGGGAACGAUAAAUUCCCAUGCACAAAUUAUUGUCUUAAAAGCUGCAUUAUUGACCACUUUCUAACCCCCAGACCAGUAGGGGGCAGCAACACAGCCAUGAUGUAGUCCGUUCAGUUCCUCAGGGCUUGUUGUCCCUUUUGUUUUCACCACCUGAUGAAUGUAAAUCCAGUAUUCAUCCGCCUUUUUAUGCUUGAUGUGGUCCAAUAAGUUCAAAAAAAAUCUAUAUAUCUGUCACAUUGGACAUUUCUUCACGAGCAUUCAGACGGCUUGUGUGAGCUUGUUUGCCAGAAAUGGCUGCCUACUGUUUCAUAUGUGGGAUUGUUGAGAGCUGAGGAAUUUUAUUUUUAAAAGUAAGCAGUAUCAUCAUAUGAAUGUUAAUGACCACCGAAUUAGGCACAGACAAUGUCCAACGUUUUUGCACAUGCAGCACACAACAGCAGAUUGUCGUGUCAUGUGCUCUCGCUUACUGGCAAUACUCUGCUGUCGGUCGGAGUCUCUUGCCGUCCCCCAAACUUGUGGUAUGAUUAAGGAGUCUGCCCUAACACACUCAAACUGAUCCAGUUUUGUGCAAGCCCCAUGAUAGAAAUGUCAUUAACACUGCCACUCACUGGAGUGGAGUUUAGACAUUACACCGACUUUCUACGAGGGAGCUGGCAAUUUAAAGUUGGUUUAAUGUCCGGUCCAACUGAUUUGGACAUUUGCAUUCUCACGUACAGCUCCUCCGGGUAAUUUUUAGUUAGGUGACUUCUCCAGGUAAGGAAGUGGGGGCAUGUAACAUUGCCUAGAUAAAGAAUAAUCUCUUACAAAACAGGUGAAGAAACAUUGUCUUUGAACAAGCCAUUUAGCCUGUUCCUCCGGUUGACGCUGCGCACAACCUGCCUUUAGCAUGUGUAUAUCAAAGUACAGCUACAGUGACUCUGAUCAUUGUUCCGCCAGGUUUGUCACCAACCACAGUGGCUGCCAGAGGACAGAAACAUGUCAGGCACAAACAAAAACUGCCUUGAAAUUCAUGCUGCUAGCUUCGCGGUUGAAGUUCCCGUUAGGCCUGACAGUGUGCGUGGUAAAACACUGUGGCGACGUUCACGCUGCAGCUCAGAUAUUUCCCCAUCAAAUGUGACUCAUCCAGUUUUUGUCUAAGCACUGUGAAUAGCAAUCCCAGCUGCAUUUAGUUUCUUGCUCCCAUGGAUCAUAUGUAAGCAAUCCGAGCAUUUAUCUGAACUCUGAAAUCACAUGUACGUUAGAGCACGUGGCAGCUUUUAUGAGCAGUGUUUGUGUCCAGUUCCAUUUGAACUUUGCUUGCAGGACUGAAAGAAAGUAAGCUGAAAGGACAGAGUGGGAUCGGCUCCAUUCGGGCUCUUUGGUAGCGGGAAUGUUCCAGUUUAAAUUAAACUUGAGCAACUAGACUUUUUGACCUGAAUAUUUCAAUCUGCAAAAUGACAGCUCUUGAGAAUCUUUAAUUAUUUUAUUUUUUUCCCAAAGGGGCUGUACUCAGUGUUUUAAACACUAAAAUAGCAGUAAACAAACAUUUUCUAUGGAAAGAAAUAGCGGAGUAAUGGCGUCCUGAGCAGAGAAUGGAGUCCCACUCCCUCUGCGUGUGUUGUAAAUCGAGCACAUUAGUGCACGGGAGUGCCUUGUGCGUUGCUAUCAGACGCGAGGGCCAUGACAAAGCAUCUGUAUUUGACGAGUUGGGGGAACGGUCGUUUUUUUCUGAAUAUUGAGUACAGCCUCCCUAUAUAUUGGCCACUUGAUUUUUAUAUUGGUUUGGGAAUCCUUUUCAAAAUAAAUAUAAGGGCACUCGGAGAAUGCAAGCAAGAACGUCAAGGCGGUGGUCUGUCGUUUAACAUUAGGAUUUGAGAGGGUGUGUCACGUGAAUUUUGGGGAACUACUUUUCUCCUAUCAUUCCGGCACCACAUGUCCAUCCGUUUGUGUUUUUGUAUGGUCUCUGGGAUUAGGAUCCGCUCAAAAAUGUAAUUGGUUCUUCCUUGGUCUAUUCGGCACCCUUUCAACAAGUUUUUAAUGGAAAUUGGGCCAAGUAGUGUUUUUUUGUAAUCCUUAACUAACGGACAAGCAAACUGAAAACAUGACCUCAUUGGCUGAGGAAGUUUUUGAAAUUGCACAACCUACUAGAAAUUUCAAAGAUGAGAAUUCAAACCACGUGUGUCCCAAUGAGUGGAGCAGCAAAGAUGCAAAAGUCCCUGCUCCGCUUCUUGGCCUGACUGUCACUUCCAGGUCACGUUGGGUUUCAUCCCAGAAUAGAUAUUCAGGCAAUUAAGAGUUAAGAAUCAAGACCUGUCUUGUGAAUGUGUCCUCUACUACACACACACACACACACACACACACACACACACACACACACACACACAGUUUCAUUCACUGCUUCUGUCUUAGAAGAAUAUUUAAAACCAUCAGAGUGAAACCUAACUGAGCCACAGCUCACCCAAUCAAUGAUAUGUUAUAUUUUAAAUAAAAAAAAAAAAAAAAAAAGUUUCAGCCUUGAGGCUAAUCGGGCAAACCUUUUUAAUUUUCUUUCCUUUUACCAAUUUGUUUUUUUUCUGGAAAUAUUUUGUAAACUUGAAUAAGCAUUUUUCUCUGUAUGUGCAAUAUAAUAGACCUCAUAUCAUUUGUUUCCUUUUUCAGACUCUACAGAUUUAAUAGAGCACCAGCUACGAGUAUUGUUAAAGAAUUGUCAAUCUACAGGUGCACGCCUGCUGUAAUCUGACGCCUGUGUCAGAUAAUCAGAUGCAUCAGUCAAUAUAGGUCAUGUUUGUCACUUUUGAAAUGUAUAUCCAAGCUGUCGUCUUCAGAUGGACUCUCAUCGUUCUCAGAGUAAAUAUCGAAACAUUAAAAACUCCUUCACAACUUUUCUCUCACCUUGUGUCCAUUUAGCAAGCGGCUCUGCACGUCUCCGCUGUCACCCUGGGGGUGGGGGGAGCUCUGUAUCGAUAGCGCCUCAUGUUGCAGUGUCCUUGCUGGAGUGAGCUGAGUGUUUGUCCUCAUAUCACUAUCCAUCCCGAGUUUCAACUCAUUUUCUAACACUACAACAUGCAACACAUCCCAACAAUGGAAACGGGCUUAAGGGACUUAAAGUGUCCCUUAGUUUGCCACUUUCAGACAACUCCAAAAGGAAUCCUCUCAUGGAGGGUUGUAGCAUUUUCCAAAAUCAAUCCCUUUUACCACUAGCAAUUCCACACAGAAUGUCACUCCAUAUUGAGAGAUCUCUGAUUUAAUAAGGGAAGGGCAUACAAACAAAAUAAUGUGUUUCCCUUUAAUGUGUUAUUAAAUAGAUAAGAUGUCUCCACUAUGAACAGUCAGCUUAAGAAAACCGUAGCAAAUGCUGAUGAUCAAAAUAAUAUCUGAAGUAGCCAGAUGGAACUCCAAGUACUUUCUCACGUGUGAGAAGAGCCUGAAGGGCUACUUUAGCAUAUCACAUCUAAGAUCGUUAUUCUUCUCUCAUCUGUUCAUUUGUCAGCCUUCUAAGCUAAGGAUACACCAUAGCACUUGUGUUGAUUUAGCUCCCCUAAAGCUAUGAAUUGCACUACAGUGUGUCUCCAGCAAUUCCACCUCAGUUUUUUUUUUGGUUUUCUAAAAUUAAAGAUUAAGCCCAUUGCCUGGCACAGCCUGCAGGUUACGCCUCUUAAUUUAGGAAAAUUGUGAAGAUUCACAGGAAGUUUAGCACCUUUUACAUUCUUUUUUGGGAGUAGUGGCAGGGAAAGGUGGUAAAAGUUGUGCACAAGGCACUAAUGAAAAUUCCGGGCAUUUGGAGGAGACAAUGUAUGAAAAACAAAGCAUUUCUAAGAUUUUGACAAAUAAUUAAAACCUCAAAGUCCACUCACUAGCUUUUUGCAGAGCUUCUGCUCAUUUCCUCGCAUCCCACUCAUACAUCGGUUUUAGUAUUCUAAUGUUUUCCACAGUCAGGAGCAAUGCAAACCGACACCAAUCAAGAUGACACACGUUGUCCUGCCCUCAUUAGAACGUUUGCACAUGUCCGCACUUCUGAACACAUGUAAUACUUGACUUUCUUUAACGUUACACGGGUGGAACUGAAUUGCAUUGGAAGUCUGUUAUUAAGCUGGUUAUAAAAGCCAUAAUAGGCCAGGAAUAUUUAUUUUAUACUUACAUGACUACCAGUACCAUUUCAAACAUCCCUGCUCUUCUUUAAGAACUCAUUUUCCUGGAAGGUAUUGCAGGUAAAUAAAGCUUUCACACAAAAAACAGCCAUAAAGCACUCAAAAGAGAAAUCUCAAACAUUGUUUAUGAAAAUGUCCAAUAAAAUGUGUCUGUAUAUUAGUCAUGACAUGGAGAUUCCUUGAUGAUGAAUAGCAACAACAAUUUAUUGUGCGUUCAUUUAUAUGCUGAUUUUGUUUUCAAUCUUUUUAAACCGUUGAAUAAAAUUUAGUGUGAAAAA